UUUCAAAUGAAGACAGGAAUUAUCACAAACUGAAAUUGACUUGGGGGUGUAAAGACAAAGAGAAAUGUUGCAAACCCUAGGAGCUUCAAGCCCUCGCUUUGUGAAUCGAUCGUGGCUCCGAAGCCUCAACCUCCGUGCAUUCUCUUUCUCCUCCGAUUAUGGGGACCAGUCACGUGGUGGCCUUCCCCGAUUUUAUUCCGAGACUCUUCCUCCUUUCAAGGGUAAUGUUAUACGCGUAAAAGGUGAUGAAUUCUGGCAUAUGACAAAGCUAUUCAAUGGGAAAGGAGGUCUGGUAGAAGGAUGCAUACAAAACAUCGACCGCACUGGACUUGAUUUUGUUGCGUUGAAUGAUUUGAUAUCAAUACCUCCACAAAAUACACAAUUACACGUUUUUGCUGGUUUUGGUACUCUGAAGGGUGGUCGUGCUGACUGGCUCCUAGAGAAGUGCACAGAACUUGGAGCCAAUAGUGUAACUCCUCUACUGACUGAACGUUCUCCAGCAAUCUCAGAAAGUCGGGUGGACAGAUUGGAACGUGUCAUUUUAGCAGCAUCCAAACAAUGCCAGCGACUGCAUGAAAUGGUUCUGAAACCUCCUGUAGAGAUUGAUGACCUAUUACACCGGAUUUCACAAUCAAAGCUAUCUCUUGUUGCAACGGCGAGUGCAACUCCUGUUCUAAGUGCAUUGAUGACAUUGGAAAAGGAAAAUUGUGGCUUAAUUAUAAUUGGACCAGAAGGCGACUUCACUGAGAAAGAAGUGAGUAUGAUGAUAGAAGCUGGUGCUACAGCUGUUAGUCUUGGACCUCAUCGUCUUCGGGUUGAAACUGCCUCCAUAGCACUUUUAGCAACUGUCAUGUUAUGGUCUGACUCGCAACAAAGUUCAGUUGAUUGAUUCAUCAGUGUAGGUAGGUCAGGCAUGUUUAUGUUCUAGAAACAUAAUAUAUUUUAUUCUUCUUUACUUGUCUGUUAGAUAAAAAUUAUGAAUUUUGUAAACCUCAGCCUUUAAGAAUGAGUUUAAGCAUCUACAAAUAAAUUUUUUUUAGAAAAAGGUAUACAAUUAUUGUAUUGAAUUAUAAAAUACAAUAAACACUUUUUUUUU